AGCAGAAGCACAAAAUGGACUCCUGCUGAAAACAAGGCCUUUGAGAAUGCUCUUGCACUACACGAUAAGGAUACGCCCGAUAGAUGGCAAAAAGUCGCGGAAAUGGUUCCAGGGAAGACUGUAUGGGAUGUUUUUAGGCAAUACAAGGUGUUGGAAGAUGAUGUUAGUAGUAUAGAGGCAGGGCUAAUUCCAAUUCCUGGAUAUAGCACGACGUCGCCUUUUACACUCGAAUGGGGGAGUGGCCGUGGAUUUGAUGGAUUCGACUAUGCUUAUGUUUCCGGGGGGAAGAGAUCCUCUUCAACUAGGCCUAAUGAACAAGAAAGGAAGAAGGGUGUUCCAUGGACAGAAGAGGAGCACAAGUUGUUUCUGAUGGGGCUUAAAAAGUACGGAAAAGGGGAUUGGAGAAAUAUCUCGCGCAAUUUCGUGAUUACUAGAACACCAACACAAGUUGCUAGCCAUGCUCAGAAGUACUUCAUUAGGCAACUCUCCGGAGGAAAAGAUAAGAGAAGAGCAAGCAUUCACGAUAUAACAACGGUUAAUCUCAAUGAGAAUCAAAACCUGUCAUCGGAGAACAAAAAUCCACCUUCGCCUGAGCAGUUUACCAUUCUUCCACAGCAGUUAAAUUCUGCAGCAAUGCAGAAACUUCCUUUCCACUGGAAUCAAUCACCCAAUGUUGCAGUCAUGCAUGGAUUUCAAGCAGGAGGAGGAGGCCUAGGAAAUAUGUUUUCUCCUUCCAACGGCUUGAAUUCUUAUGGCCAUAAAAUGCAGGCUCAACAUUUGCAAAGAGGUGGUAUGCAUGAAUCAUUAUUGGGAUCUCAAAACACGAUGUUUCAGAUUCAACCAGGGCAUUAUUUUCCUCAUGCAUAAUAUUGCAUUAGCCCCCUUGACUACACUUUGUUAGUUUGAAAUUCCUAGUUUGAAUUUACUAGCAUAGAUUGCUUGUGCUUUUCGAUCUUUUGUGAAUAGUUUGUUUGUCGAGCACGGACUGGAAACACUGUGAAUGCAAUGCCAAAUCACCCUGCAUUCGAGCUCGAAACAAGGUGUUACCAGUCGGUUGAAGUUGCGAAUGCCACAUUGAAAUUGAACGUGUUAAUGAAAUACUCGUAUAAUUGUUAUGGCUGGAAUUGUCUUUGGUACAUGUUUUUUCUCUCAUGAUUAGUUCA